ACUUGUAGCGUAAGACAUACUCCAACGGAUUACUUACAUGUCCGAAACCACGAGGAGCUGCGCACACAGCGCAUGAAGCGCAUGCGAGUCAUCCCAAGCCGACUCUGUCUGUUUACUUUCCUUGGUUUGCCUCUUCCUCUUCCUUUCCCUCUCCCUCUCACUCAAGAGCCUUUUCCUUUCCUACCUUUCUUUUUAAACCCCAGAAGCUAGACCACCCCCAUUCAUCUGUUCACAUACAGCUAUGGAACCAGAUAUGGGGUACCGGAGGGCAAAGGCGAAUAAGAGGCAACUGGUGGAACUCUAUGACGACGAUGAUGGUAUUGACACGGUGUAUAGGUUCAAAGUCCUAUUACCAAAUGGCACAAGUAUAGGACUAACAGUGAGGGAUAUUCCUCUCCCAGAAAUGCCUAUCGGGGACUUCAUUAAUUUGGUGAAAAAUGAAUACUUCCGAGCUCGUAAGCUGAAUGAAUCGAUGAAGCAGAAAAGAAAUAUAGAUUGGGAGGGAGAUCGCUUUUAUCUUGAGGACGUGAACGGUGUAAAGAUCAGAGACUCGAUUAAAUUAAAAGAUUUUAAGCCCCAUAGUUGUCACAUUUUACAGCUUCAUGAUGGCUCUGGUGUGAUGGCCAAUACUUUUGAGAAUAUGUGGGACUUGACACCAGAUACCGAUUUGUUAAUGGAAUUACCAGAGGAAUACACUUUUGAAACUGCCCUUGCAGAUUUGAUUGAUAAUUCCUUGCAAGCGGUAUGGUCUAACCGUAAAAAUGAAAGAAGGUUGAUCAGUGUGAAUAUUGCCAGCGAUGAUAGCAUUUCUAUUUUUGACACCGGCCCUGGAAUGGAUGGCAGUGAUGAAAACUCUAUAGUGAAGUGGGGAAAGAUGGGUGCCUCCCUUCACAGAUCCUCAAAAGGACAGGCAAUUGGGGGAAAACCUCCAUACUUGAGGCCUUUCUUUGGCAUGUUUGGAUAUGGAGGACCAAAUGCGUCUAUGCAUCUAGGGAGGCGUGCUUUGGUAUCUUCAAAGACAAAAAGUUCCCGCAAAGUCUAUACUUUACAUCUUGAAAGAGAGGCCUUACUCAGCAGUUCUGGCUCUGAGCUUAGCUGGAAGACUACUGGUGGCAUGAGGGAUCCCUUGGAAGAUGAACUUAGCGAAUCACCUCACGGGAGCUUUACUAAGAUCGAGAUUUUUGAGCUAAAAAGAAAUAGCUUGGACAUAUUUAUACUCCAAUGCAAGAUCAAAGACAUCUAUUUUCCAUACAUUCAGUGUGAUGAAGUGUCCAAAUCAGCAAAGACAAUUACACCGAUAGAAUUUCAGGUUAAUGGUGAUGAUUUAGCUGAAACUGAAGGGGGAGAGGUUGCUGUCACCAACUUGCAUUCCUGCAAUGGUCCUGACUUUAUUCUACAGCUUCGUUUUUCCUUCAAGCAAGCUAAUACUGCAGCCAAAAGUCCAGGUUCAACAGCAUCUCAAGAAGCCAAUGCAUGCCUGAAAUGUGUUUAUUUUCCAUCCAUUAAGGGGAAAGAAAGUGUUGAGAUGAUUUUGGAGAAACUAGAAGCUGAAGGCUGCAGUAUCACAGAAAACUAUGAAACCUUCAGUCGUGUCUCUGUUCGACGGCUUGGCCGUUUACUUCCAGAUGCUCGCUGGGCAUGGCUUCCUUUUAUGGAGUUCAGGCACAAAAAGGGAGAUAAGGCCCACAUACUGAAGAGAUGUUGCUGGAGGGUUAAAUGCUUUGUUGACACUGAUGCUGGUUUCAAUCCAACACCUUCUAAGACUGAUCUGGCCCACCAUAGUCCUUUUACUACUGCUCUAAAGAAUUUCGGCAAUAAGCUUUAUGAAAAAGAAAAGCUUGUCGAUGUUGAAAUUUAUAGAGACCAAAAGCUGUUGUCUCCUUUGCAACUGGAGAGAGAGUAUCAAGAUUGGAUUCUUCAAAUGCAUGAUCGUUAUGAUCAAGAAACUGAAUGUGGAGAGGAUCAACCCGUUCUUGUUGUCAGCCCUGCAAACAAAAAGGCUCUUGGCAUAUCAUCUGAUGUCGUACGGGUGCACCAAGUUUUGAAAAGGAAGGGAGUAUCAUGGAAAUCUGGUCAAAAAAUAAAAAUUUUGAAGGGAGCAUGUGCCGGAUGCCAUAAGAACAAUGUCUAUGCGGAACUGGAAUACUUCCUGCUUGAAGGAUUCCAAGGGGAUGCUGGCGGGGAAGCUCGAAUUAUAUGUAGGCCCCUAGGCAUCCCAGAUGACAAUGGUUCCAUCAUUGCAUUUAACAAUGGGGAUGCCAGUUUUAAUAUUUGUGGCUCUUUGUCCCUGCCUAUCAACGUGAUUGAUUCUGGAAAGUGCUUAGCUAUUGGAAGUAUCGAGUGGAAUUGCCAAGUUGAUAAACAACGUCAGAAAUCUCCUUCGAUAAUUGAUCUGCUCAGUGUUAAACAAUGUCAAGAGCUAGAGAUUGAUGGGGCACUACCUGUUGAUGGUCUAGUUCAUGCUGGACAAGUUCCUCCUUCAGAGAUUGUGGCUGUUGUACGGCCUGCCAAUUUUGUUUCUUCUAGCAUUUCAAAGAACUUGGACCAGAAUGAUAUUGUCAAGAGUAAUUUAGAAAUGUCAAUGGAGAUUAAAUUCAGAGAAGAAGCUGAGGAUCUUCAAGAUGUGUGCCAUAUUUAUUCAAGGCGUGUAACACCUUCAUCUCACUAUAUUUAUUCAAAGCGGAUAACACCUUCAUCACGUAAAGGAUUUCACGGUUUAUAUAUCUUUCCAUUGGGUUCCAAGUUUCCAGAUUUAUUUCAAAAAGCUGGUGUUUAUACGUUUUCAUUCUACGUUGACGAGUUAACUUGUAAUAAUUGUGACAAAGCAGUGCUAGUUAAGGCAUCUUCUAAGGUGGGAAAAUGGGAUCUUUUGAGUGAUGGACAGAGUCCACCAUUUAGCGUGAGGGUCGGUUCUUGUUUUCCACCUUUCUGUUUGACAUGUAAUGACAUCUAUGGCAAUCGAAUUCCUUUUACAUCAACACCUGAAGUGAUGAUCAAACUUCAGACAAUCAAGGGUGUCCUUGUCGAUGUAGAGAAAAUGAGGAUUGAACUGUCACCCAAUAAAUUCACUCUCAAAGUUGAGGAUAUACUGAUUGAAAGCAAUGAGUUAGACAAGAUCCGGCCAAAUUAUCAAGCAACUUUGGUGAUAUGCUCUAGGGAUAAAUUGUCCUCCGUCUCAUUUCCGUGUCAAGUUUACCCUGGAUCCUUACAAUUUGUCAAGGCCCGACCACCAAUAUUGGAUGACCAACUGCUUCCGGGAUGUAUUGCUAAGGAGCUCGUAUUAGAGAUGUUUGAUGCAUAUGGUAAUCAUAUCUCGCAAGGCUUGGAAGUUGAAUUAGUUGUGGAAGGAUUUUGCAUACAAGAUCAAAUAGGUUCAAAGCGUAAGGUUGAUGAUAACGGAUGCAUUGACCUUGGUGGCCUUCUGAAAGUAACAGCAGGCUAUGGAAGUAAAGUUUCGCUGGCUGUUCUGUCUGACCAUGAAGUUGUUUUCAAGCAAGAGUUUCAAGCUCAAAAACAGGAGAUGCAGAUUACGUCUGGGGUCUCCCUUGUGCAAUCCCCGAAAUUGAAGUAUGAUGAGAGUCAGUCUCCAUAUUCCAAUGAAAAGGUCAUGCUUCUUGAGGAUUCGUCUUCUCUAAAACAAUCAGAAAAAUUUAUCAUGCCAUUGAUAACUAUUGAGAAGGAACUUGAGGAUGAAGUACUCCAAAUUGGUUCGCGCAUUGGAAAUCUAGAGAAGAAACUGGAUUUGCUCUAUAAUAGUAAGGCAGAAAUAGAGCAAGACAUAUCUCAGUUGCAAGCUUCUAUUGAGCCCUGUCUUCCGAAGUCCCCACCCACAAAAGAGGAACUGAUAAAUCAGAUACAAAGCAACAAUCACUCUGCAGCAUCUGUCCUCUGUUGUCUUUCAAGAGAAUUCUCCUUUCAAGGGCUAAAAAACCAUUUCAUGGAAGAUAUAGUUGGCCUGGUUGCACUUCUUGGUACAGUUCGCCUCAAUAAGCUUAGCAGGAUAUUAGCAGAGUACUUGGGCGAAGAUCAAAUGCUUGCUGUUGUCUGUAGAUCCUCUGCAGCUGCAAGUGCUCUUGAGAAGUUUGAACACGAUGGAGAAGUGCAUUGUAGACAUGCUCUUCAUGCAGAAGCAGCUGCACUUGGAAAAUCUAUAUAUGGCCGAUUUCUUAUUGUAUGCCUUGAAGAUAUAAGGGCUUACGAGGGAGAGUUUGAAGGUAGUGACCCUCAGAGGAAGCUUGCCUUGCUGUAUCCUACCUUUCCAAGUGGGAAGGUGCCAAUGGGUUUCGUUGGUUAUGCAGUUAAUAUGAUUGACUUGGACGUUGGUCAUUUACACACAAGAACUGCUGCAGGCCAUGGCCUUCGGGAGACCUUAUUCUAUUGUCUUCUAAGGGAGGUCCAAGUAUAUGAAACCGUGGAAUGCAUGUUAGAAGCCCGACAUUGUAUAAAGCAUGGUGCUGUCUCUCUGGAUGGUGGGAUUUUAAGAGACAAUGGAAUCAUUUCUCUCGGAUUUGGGAAUCCUCAGAUAUGUUUUUCAGUUACCGUACAAGAGAGCGAGCCCUCGAAGGAAAUUGUGGAGAUCAUGAAGCUUUUUGAAGAAAAUAAGUCUGAGUUGAGGAGGGUGAUCGAUUCUAUAGAGAAGGUAAACAGAUCCCUUAAGAAAUAUAUGAAGAAAUUCACGAAGAAAAAAGAGAAGUAUCAGAAGCUUAUGGAUGAUAUGGAGCCAGUAGUAAAAGACUACUAUCUGGAAUACAAGAAGCUCUGCAUGGAGAACACAGGCUCCUCAUCCUACUGAUGUUCUUUGUUCGUGUUGCUUAAAUGGUGGAGAAGUUGAUUUUCAUUAUGUUUUAUUUUUAUAAGCUUGCCUUUUUCUUAUAACUUGCAUGUUUUGAGUUACCUAUAUACAUAUAAGUAAAGUUUAACUUCCUACU